CAAUGUUUAUCAAAUAGAACACUAGCGUAGCCAAAUCAAAAUGUCUAAAACUUCAUAUAAGAUUUUAUAACCUCUACUGGAAUCCAGGCAUGGACAUGUUUAAUAAAGUGACAGCUUUUCUGCAGCAGGCUUUGGAAACAAGGGAGCCUUCAAUAAACCUGCUGGAGUCUUUUGUGGAUCACUGGAAAGCAAUAACCAACUAUUACAUUGAAACUACAGAUGAGUCUCGUGCGGUGAAGAAUACAGACAUCCCAUGGAGGCUCCGGCAGAUGCUGGAUAUUCUGGUGUAUGAGGAGAAACAGCAAGGAGAGGAAGCAGGUCCCUGCAUGGAGUACCUGCUCCAGCACAAAAUACUAGAAACACUUUGCACACUAGGAAAAGCACAGUAUCCCCCUGGCAUGAGCCAACAAGUGAUGGUGUUCUUCUCUAAAGUCCUGAGCCAUAUCCAGAAGCCUGUGCUGCAUUUAAUUAAUGUUUAUCGGCCUGUACAGAAGCUGAUCAAUCUGUGCGGACUCCCCCAUUCACAGACAGAAAAAGAAGAGUCCCAGUUUCUCUUUGCUGUUUGCACACAAGUUAACAAAGAUCCCUAUGUCCUUAACUAUAUCCUUGAGAUUAAAAACGACUCUCUGAAGAGAUCUAGUUCUACCUCAGACGAGGCUGCGGAGAAGGACUGCAGUGGAUCCUCCAGUCCAGAGAGGGCAUCCUCACCCUCCUCAUCCAGUUCUGCCUGCUCCCUUUUAUCCCGUAGUGGAGCUCAUCCUGUUAGCUCUCCUCAGGAAGCCACAGGCAUGAUCCCUGUACUCCUUCACCUGGAAAAAAGUGAGAAACGUCGGGUUGCACAUAGGUCUUUGGAGAGUUUGCUGCUUCUGGUCAGCUCAACACAGGAAGACACUGGACAUCUGCUGGCUGAAAGAACUCCACUGUGUGACCUUCUCGCCCAGAGGCUGACUGAACUUUACUUACUCAUCCCUUCAACUAUCGACCCUGCAGACAUCCACAGCUUCUCCGUUGUACAGUGGAGGACUCGCUUUACACAGGACAGUACAGCGGAGAGCCAGUCGUUUCCUGGCAGCGAGAACGUCUACAGGUUUUUCUGCUUUUUGGACCUCUGCAAUGAACUCAUCAAGCAAGCACCAAAGGUACUUGGUGUUAAAAUGGCCAGAGCACUUCACUCUCAGUGGCUUAAAGGAGUCAUCCAGCCUCAUCUGCUUCAGAUGUCAGAGGUUGGGAUCCUGGUACACACCACUCUGCUGUCAUGUUCUGUACGUCACAUACACUCUCCUGCACUCCUGGAGGAACUGGUUCAGUUUAUGUUGGGCAGUGACACAGAUAGCGAAACGCGCCAGCACUUGCACACACACCUUCUGCGUUACCGCCUUAUUGAACACUGCAACCAUAUCUCAGAUGAGAUCAGCAUCACAACAUUGCGUCUCUUUGAGGAGCUUCUACAGAAGCCUAACAGGAGGAUCUUGAGCAAUCUGGUGCUUCGUAAUCUUGAGAACCGCAGCUACAAACUACCUGGAACAGGAGCCUCGGAUGAAAGACUCAGAGUCGAGAGUGAUCUUUUGGAUGAGUCUGAGGAGCUGGAAGAGGAUCCCUUUUUCCCAGACAUGUAUGAUGACAGUGGAGACAGCAACCAUGAGCCUCUUCUGUCUCUGCCCAAUGUCAGAGAAAGACUUAAUCCCAAUCUGCACACGCAAGUUGUUGACACAGUCAACAGCUUCUUAUGUUUAGUGCCUCAAGAGGCAAAAACAUCCCAUCUUGUGCAGGGAGCAGGAUAUGACACAUACGUUCAUGAUGCACACAAAGUGUUUAAAGAGUGUACUGCUCUCGUACGGGACUGGAAGUGGCCAGAUUCUGCUAAAGCCACUGUAAACAACCCUUCUACAGACUUCUAUGAAGGUCACUUUCUACAUAUCCUGUUUGACAGGAUCGCACGCAUACUAGAACAGCCGUAUGAGCUGAAUCUGCAGGUGACGUCAGUUCUGUCCAGGUUAGCUGUGUUUCCUCACCCCAACCUGCACGAGUACCUGCUAGACCCUUACAUCAGCCUGAGCCCUGGAGCACGAUCCCUCUUCUCCACUCUAGUCAGGGUAAUAGGAGAUUUAAUGCAAAGGAUUCAAAACAUCACCAAUGUAACGGACAGACUGGUGGUGAUCAGGAGGCAGCUGAUGGGACUGGACGAGGAGAGCAUGGUGGAUCACAUGACCCUGCUGAAGGGUGUGAUAGUUCUGGAGGAAUUCUGCAAGGAACUUGCCGCUGUAGCUUUUGUCAAACUACCAACAGAAGAGCAAUGAAGCCACGGUAACAAAACCAAAGACAAUAAAAAAAACAUCCCAACAACUGAUGGGAGAAAUGCGUACUUUCACAUACGUUUUCACGCAGAACACUUGCACAGAGUUAAGUGGCGAUAUUUGCUUAAGUCACUUUUAAAGAACUUUUUCAGGGAGGACUGAUGUCUGAAGGCAGUUUAAUGUAUGCCCAAUAUUGUUAUUUUUAAAACAUUCAGAAAGAUUCUAUAGGAUUUACCUGUCUGUAUGCAUAUCUUAAAGUACAGCAAUAGAAAAGCAGCAAUAAUGUUAUCUCUUGCGCAAUAAUUGCACAUUUAUAUAUACAUACAUAUAUAUAUAUUUUUAAACUGUGUACUGUGUUUUAUAGUUUUAGGCUCAGAUCAACUCCUCAGUCAUCAACUGAAUUUUUUUUUUUGUGUGUGUGAACAUUUCUUUUGAUUAAUAGCGGUGAAGAGAUCUGAUUUAGGGUCAGUUUUUUUUUUCACAUAUGAUAAACAAAACCUGAGAUCAGAAUUCUUGCACUAUAGACUUUAAGCCACGGCACAUCCAAACUUUUAUUUGUUAACUGGAUUUAAGUGAAUCAAUCAUAAUGGCAUGGAAAGUCAAUUUAUUUAUCUUUAACCUACCAAAGGUACGUGUGCGUGUGUAUGUGUGUGUGUGUGUGAGUUGGUGGGGGUUCUGAUUUGCCAGUGGCUUUUACUGAUCAUUAUUUUCUAUAGCAGUCUUAUGUGUUGAGUGUUCUCUGUUGCCACAGAAAUAAAGUCCUAAAAUAUUCAUGCACAUAUCAUUCUA